AUGCUCUUCGGAUUGCUCAUUUUCAUGUUCACAUUGUCUUGGAAGUUAUCCAUGAUCACUUUGAUCAAUAUUCCAAUCAUUUUCUUGGUCAACAAGAUUUUUGGAGUUUGGUAUGAUAUUCAUGGUUUCCUGAACGUCACUUUGAAAAUUGCCACUCGUAAAGUGUUCGUUGUUAUUGGGCUCAUUUGGUCUAAGGAACUUCUUCAAAUGGGAAUUCUUACUAUUGUUCUGUGGUAUGGAGGACAUUUGGUUAUUGAUGGAAAAGUUGAAUCUGGACUUUUGGUUUCGUUCCUUUUGUAUCAAUUCCAAUUGGGAGAGAAUUUGAGAGUACAAGAAGCGAUUUCGAAGAAUUUGAAGGGAAAGACUGUCAUUUUGAUUGCUCAUCGAUUGUCGACUGUCGAGAAUUGGAGAAGAUGGUUUGGAUGA